UUCAUUGGGCCCAAAAAUAUAAGCGAAUGGCUCCGGUUUCUGAACUUCAACCUGGGGCGGAGACGGUGGCGACAAGAGCGCCAGAGAGGGGUGGUGGUUGCGGGGGAAAAAGAUGGAAAAUGGAGAAGAGCAUCAAACUACAGAAGGCAGUAAUAACAGCAGUAAGAAGAGCUCCGUAAUGAUAACAAUACCAUCCUAUCAAGAAGUUCUUGAAAGUUCCCAGGCAAGAUCUACUCCGCCCUCCCUUUUCGUCCCCUCGCAAACCUUUUCCCAGGCUUUUUCGUUCCUGAAAUCCUCUGAGUUCUACUCUCCUCCUCCCUCCGCCUCUUCUAAGCCUUCACCAUCUUCUCAGUCUUCUGACUCUAGCGUACUAAGGCAAACUGGUCAAUUUGUCGAUCCAUCUUCAACUUCUACCUCUUCAGCUGUUUCAAGGUCAACAUCCUCCCAACUCACUUCAAGUCGCAAUGCAAUCCUUGUGAGCCACAGACAGAAGGGAAAUCCAUUGCUCAAACAUAUUAGGAAUGUCAGGUGGACAUUUGCAGAUGUUGUCUGUGACUACUUGCUUGGGCAAAGCUCAUGUGCUCUCUACCUCAGUCUUCGUUAUCAUCUCCUGCAUCCAGAUUACCUGUAUUACAGAAUAAGGGAGUUGCAGAAGAAUUUCAAGCUCCGUGUAGUCCUGUGCCAUGUUGAUGUGGAGGAUGUGGUGAAGCCUCUACUUGAAGUUACUAAAACUGCGUUGCUUCAUGACUGUACCCUUCUAUGUGGAUGGAGCCUGGAGGAAUGUGGUCGUUACUUGGAAACAAUAAAAGUUUAUGAAAACAAGCCCGCAGACAUUAUCCAAGGCCAAAUGGAUACAGACUAUCUCUCACGGCUAACGCAUGUCCUUACAACAGUUCGGCAUGUUAACAAGACUGAUGUUGUCACCCUUGGAACUACAUUUGGGUCUUUGUCUCACAUCAUGGGUGCAUCUAUGGAAGAUCUGGCACGCUGCCCUGGCAUUGGAGAGCGCAAGGUCAAGCGAUUGUUUGACACUUUUCAUGAGCCCUUCAAGCGGGCAGAAUCUAGCUGGCAAACCAUUCCAGAGACUUCUGGCCAGAAUAAGGCAGCUAGUCCCAAGACUUCAGUCCAGAACGAUGCUGAACCUUCUUCCUUAAAUGAAGACAGGCAUGAGGAUGCAGAUAAUGUUGGCAAAAGAAGGAAGAAAGAAACUGAAUUGACUGUCAAGUCGGCCUUAUCUGCAGCUUUUGCCAAAUAUGCUGACAGAGUUGGAAGAAAAAACGACACAUCGGAAGGGGAUGAGAGGGGAGAAUCGAGUGAUUAAAAUAAUUGGGAAUUUUUCUGCAGUUGAUUAAUAUUGAUUUAUCCGACAGCCUGGGCUUUCGAGAUUCAGAUGAUUGAUUUACAAUCUUUGCUCUAGAACUUUUCUUGGUUGGCCGUCCGGGAGCUGUCUGUGCUCCAUUCUGUUUAUAAUCACCAUGGUACUUGCUCCCACCCGAAUAUUACUAGAUUGGACCUUGGACUACAUUAGACGAGUGCAAUCGCCAAUUGCAGAUCAAAAUGGUGAAUGCUGUCAAAUUGCUCGGUGCAAUAUAAUCUCUCAUGCAAUUUGUAGAACAUUUGUUGUUUAUAUAUGGUUGAACUAGUUUUGCUUGAA